AUGAACGCGGUGCUGGCCGUCAGGCAAUACGUGUCCAAGAUGAUCGAGGACAGCGGGCCCGGCAUGAAGGUGCUCUUGAUGGACCGGGAGACGGAGAAUGUGGAGUUGCUCAUCCAGGAACUGAGGAGGCCAAAGUACAGCAUCUAUUUCAUUUAUUUCAGUAACGUGAUCAGUAAGAGUGAUGUCAAAUCUCUGGCUGAGGCUGAUGAGCAGGAAGUUGUGGCUGAAGUUCAGGAGUUCUACGGCGAUUACAUCGCGGUGAAUCCACACGUGUUCUCUCUCAACCUCCUGGGCUGCUGCCAGGGUCGCAGCUGGGAUCCUGCUCACCUCUCCAGGACAACCCAAGGCCUGACUGCCCUGCUCCUGUCCCUGAAGAAAUGCCCCAUGAUUCGGUACCAGCUCUCCUCAGAGCCAGCCAAGAGGCUUGCUGAGUGUGUCAAGCAAGUCAUCACCAAGGAGUAUGAGCUCUUCGACUUCCGGCGCACGGAGGUUCCUCCUCUGCUGCUCAUUCUGGACCGUUCCGACGAUGCCAUCACCCCUCUCCUCAACCAGUGGACCUACCAGGCCAUGGUCCAUGAGCUGCUGGGGAUCAACAACAACCGCAUCGACCUGUCCCGGGUGCCAGGGAUCAGCAAGGACCUCCGGGAGGUCGUCCUGUCUGCUGAGAACGACGAGUUCUACGCCAACAACAUGUACCUGAACUUUGCAGAGAUUGGCAGCAACAUCAAGAACCUCAUGGAGGAUUUCCAGAGGAGGAAACCUAAGGAGCAGCAGAAGCUGGAAUCCAUAGCAGAUAUGAAGGCAUUUGUGGAGAAUUACCCCCAGUUCAAGAAGAUGUCGGGCACGGUGGCGAAGCACGUGACGGUGGUGGGGGAGCUGUCCCGCUUGGUCGCCGAGCGGAACCUGCUGGAGGUGUCAGAGGUGGAGCAGGAGCUGGCCUGCCAGAACGACCACUCCAGUGCCCUCCAGAACGUGCGGCGGCUGCUGCAGAGCCCGCGGGUGGCGGAGCUGGACGCGGCGCGGCUGGUGAUGCUCUACGCGCUGCACUACGAGCGGCACAGCAGCAGCGCCCUGCCCGGCCUGCUGGGGGAGCUGCGCGGCAGGGGGGUGCCCGACAGGCUCCGCAAGCUGGUGCCUGCAGUCCUGGAGUACGGCGGGAAGCGCGUGCGGGGCAGCGAGUUGUUCAGCCCCAAGGACGCCGUGGCCAUCACCAAGCAGUUCCUCAAAGGCCUGAAGGGUGUUGAGAACGUCUACACCCAGCACCAGCCUCUCCUCCAGGAGACUCUGGAUCAGCUCAUCAAGGGCAAACUCAAGGAGAGCCAGUUCCCUUACCUGGGGCCCAACACUCUCCGGGACAGGCCCCAGGACAUCAUUGUGUUCAUCAUUGGGGGGGCAACCUACGAGGAGGCUCUGACUGUCUUCAACCUGAACCGCUCCAACCCGGGGGUCCGUGUGGUCCUGGGGGGCACCACGAUCCACAACACCAAGAGCUUCCUGGAGGAGGUGACAGCCUCGGGCUUCCGCGGCCGCAGCGCCGAGAGCUCCCAGGUGACCCCGAGGUCAAGCAGCAGACGGUGA